AUUUUGAGAGAGGACAUCCCAUCUUCAGCAGCAGAACCAUAGAGCCCAAAGACACCGUCCCCUUUAGAAACCCUAAUCUUGGCGUGGCCUCUGAAAGGCAGAUACUGGAGGCUCUAAAUGAGGACCCACCAGUGGAAAUCCCACCUCCUGACCCCUAUGAAGUUGCCAUUGAGGUUGAGGCACAAGUCGGCCCCCGCUCUCCGAGUCCUACUCCUUUUAAAAUAGCGGAAUCGCUGGCGUCAACUGGACGAAAAGGUUUCAGCAGUUCAUAUGGCCGGGGAAACCCUUCUCACGUCCCUUCCCAUCAGCAGUCAGGACGUUUUGAUUCCUCAAGGCAAGGCAAGACUCUGCAAUCUCGCUCUUCUUCUCCCUCCCAUGGAAACUUACCCUUCAGACGCAGCGAGUCAACUGCUUCCCUUAGCAAGCAUAACUUUGAUGGUGGAGGGUGGUCUCGAGGGAUGGAGCCAGAAUCCAGAAACUCCUUGCAAAGCACACAGGGGCGACGUGUUGAGUCAGGAACUCUGCCAAGAAACUUUAAAUCGUUAUCCAGUUCCCAGCCCAGAACCAUGUCUGAUUUUAGGAGUGCCUUGAGGAAAACAGAAGUAAGUGGGUCUUUGAGUGGUCGCGGUCGUGACAGCAGAAGCUCAUCUCCCACAAGGAGGGACUAUAAUCCUCCAGGCCAAAUGUCUCUUCGCAAAACUGAAAUCUCCAGCAGUUCAUCUAAUCUACGUUUUCUGGACAGUCGUAAUUUGUCUCCGCCUAGGAGAACUUCUACUAGUCUGCGUGACAGUCACAGUUGCUCACCGCCAAGGAGAAACUACAGCUCGUCUAGCCAAUCCCUCCUUCGUAAAUCUGAAUCAAUUAUGUCUCUAAGUGGACAUAGUCACCAUGGACGCUGUGGCUCCCCCAUAAGAGAAGGCUACGAUAUUGAAAGCCAGGCUCUGCUACGAAACCCAACAGCUAGGAAUGGAGUAAAAGACCAAGAAUAUGAAAGCCCAACUGCGUCUCCAUCCAGACGAGGUUAUGACACAAGUAAAUCUGUGCUCCGUAAGACUGAAUCCAGCCUUGUCAUUGACAGCCGUUCUCUUGGAAGGAGAGGCUAUGAAACCCCUACACAGUAUCAACUUAGGAAAACAGACACCAGUGGAUCAUUACAUAGCCAUAGUCAUGAAAGUCGUAACUCCUCUCCUUCCAGGAAAAGCUAUGAAGCUCCUUCUCAGUCUCUGCUCCGCAAGUCUGAAAUAAACAGUUCUGUUAGAAGUCCUGAUAGCCACAGUUUGUUGCCGUCAAGGAAAAGCUAUGAUUAUUCUGAACAGCGGUCACCGCGGAAAACAGAAACAAGCAGCUGCCUUUACAACAAGAAUCACAUCAGCCGUAACUCUUCUCCCUCUAGAAAAGGCAACAGUGACCAGCCAGGCUGUUCAAUCCUCAGAAAUGCUACUAAUGGAGAUUCCAGCCAUCCCUUUCAGAGAAAAAACACUUACCACAACUCAAAAUCGGAUUCCAGUCGCUCACAAUACUCCUACAGGGAAUCUACUCAUUCCCCCCGCAGCUCCUCAUUAUCCCGUGCUGCUUCACCCUCUAGACACACCGCACAUGGCAGCAGAACUGCUUUUGUCACUUUAGAAACACCCAGGACCCCCAGCAGCAAUAGAUCUGAUGUUGGUAGACAUGUUCAUGAGGAUCGCUGCCCCUCCCCUAAUGACCACAACUCGAAAUCUGACUCCAGUCGCUCACCAUUCUCCUACCGGGAACCAUCUCAACCCCUCCGCAACUCCUCAUUAUCUCGUUCUUCUUCACCUUCUAGACAGACCACAAAUGGCAGCAAAACAGCUUUUGUCACCUUGGAAACACCCAGGAGCCCCGGCAGCAUCAGAUCUGGGGCUGGUAGAUAUGUUCAUGAGGAUCGCUGCCCCUCCGUUAAUGACAAGAGGCCCUCCCAACGUGCACGGAGCCCUUCUCCUUCACCUCAGAUUCAGUUGCGGAGGCACACCUCAUCCCAGAGUUCCAUGGAGUCUUUAGAGUCGGGACAACUGUCGGUGGGGUCCACAGGGCGGAACAAGGAGGAGUAUGCCAUGAUGGCCGACGUGCCAAAGGUCAAAAUGAUCCAUCAGAGAGAAGGGCCGGGCCACAUGGGGCGGCCCCAGAACCAGCAGCCCUCUCGGAGACAGGAGCUCUUUAAACCAGCCAGCCACUCCCUGAGUAAGCAUCCCUCCAGAGAGUGGGAAGAUACAGGGGACACUGAGAGAGACUUGCACUAUGGAGGCGGCGGGUAUCUAUCUCGAGCUCACUCCUCCAACUCAUUGCAGAGGUCUGGCAGUCCCACAGCGGAUGACGGCAGUUCAUGGAAAGGUAACCAGCACAGAUCCGAACAAAUGCAGCCGGACCUCCUAAACUUCAAAAAGGGAUGGAUGUCCAAACUGAGCGAGAGUGGAGAGUGGAAGAAGCAUUGGUUUGUUUUGACUGAUGCUGGACUGAAGUACUACAGAGACUCAAGUGCAGAGGAGAAAGAUGACUUAGACGGGGAGAUUGACCUAAAAUCCUGUGUGAAGGUGUCUGAGUUUGAUGUGGAGAAGAACUAUGGGUUUCAAAUACAGACGCAGGAGGCCGCAUUCACGCUGUCUGCCAUGACAGCUGGGAUCAGGCGGAAUUGGAUAGAGGUUUUAAAGAAGUCUAUCCGGCCCAGCAGCUCCCCAGACCUCACACAAUUACCUGACAGCAGCAGUGACAAGGAAAACUCCCAUUCUCGCUUUCCACUGUCUUCCCGUCGCCCGUCAUCACGCCUUGGCGACCAUCAGUCAGCAGUUCCGACCUCUGCCCCUCCUGCCCAGCGUAGGUUUGACUAUGUUGAGCUGUCCCCUGUUCCUGCCUCCCCCGGCCCUCUCCCAGCCAGUCAGAGAGAAGCAGGGGAGGGUCAGGGGAGGGAGCACAGCCAAUGGCAGGAGGAGAGGAACACAAGCAGCCAGUGGGAGGCUGUCUUGUCCAGGAAGGGCACUGGCGUGGGAUCGAACCAAAGGCUAUGCCCAGAGGAAGAAAUUGAGAAAAAGUGGGCUGAGUUUGAGCGCAUGCCGUUAAAGGAGAUGAGCUCCUUACCGCCAAUGGGAUCACGGUCUUCCAGCCAGUCAGCCAAUGAGGCGCUGCAGAGGGAGGUGGCGUCACUGAGGCAGCAGCUGGCGCAACUACAGGGAGGAGGGGGAGGGGGAGGAGGCGUGAAAGGUGGCUGUGGCCCUGAGGCCCCCUGCGGCCGCAGCCUGGCAGCCAUGGAACGUGCACAUCGACAGGCCCUGGAGGAGCUGCAGCGGCAGCACGAGCGCCAGCUCAAGGGGCUAGAGUCUGAGAAGGACAGGCUGCUGCUGGAGGAGACCCAGGACACCGCACGAGUAAUGGAGGCUUUGAAGAAGAAACACAAAGAGGAACUGGAGAGAGUCAGAAGGCUGAGCAGUGGGGCGCUAGAUCUACAGACUUUACGAGCCCACCAACAAACAGAAAGUCAGGCCUUGCAGAGAGAGCUGGCUGGACUGUCUGAGCACUACUCUCAGAAGUGUCUGGAGCUGAACCGAGCCGAGCAGAGCAACGCUGAGAGGGAGAGGGAGAUCAGCCGCAAGGAGAGAGAAAUGGAGCAGCUGAGGAAAGAGAACCAGGACUUAAAGGCCCGUUUGAAGGAGGAGAUCAGUCGUAUGCGAUCUGCAGAUCAGGGGUCAGAGGACAACAAAGACGGGACGCCCUGUGAACUCCAGGUUCUUCUCAGGGUGAAAGAAAAUGAGAUAGAGUACUUACACAAGGAGAUCAGCUGCCUAAGGAAUGAACUGCAGUUUCUUAGCACGGAGAAACGGCUGGCCUGUGAGCGAUAUACAGAGAUGCACGAGGAGCUGAGUGUGAUGAAGGGCCGGAGCGAACGAGAGAUCCAGAGUCUAAAGGAGCACUUGAGGCUGGCCAUGGCUGCUCUGCAGGAGGGGCAGAAGCUGGGUAACAGCCUGGACCACUGAGAGUCUGCUGUUGGUACUGAUGCUCUGGCAGACAGUGACAGGUGAGCCUGCACCAUGGUGACUGAAUCAAAGAGGUAUGCAGAAAAGCAGAGGAGAUGGUUGUUGUACAGUUCCGGCUGUGUGGGGACCACGAUAGUGCCUUAGUUUUCAAUCAUUCUGCCAAUGAGCAGUAUAGAGUAGCUAUUAGCUGGUUUCAUUACACUGGGCCACACAUGAUAUAUAAAACUGCACUUUUCAUUUUUUAUUAUAUAGCUUUUGUCUGCUUUUAGUACAAGCAUGUAUGAGUGCCCAUUUGGUCUGAAAACUGGAAUAUCUGUUGAGUGACUUAUUUUUUUUUAUCAGGUAUUGUAGAUAAAGAGUUCAUACUGUAUCAGCUUUUUUUUGGAUAAUCUUCUCAUUGCCUCUGUGUCUUCUGCCUGAGACAGCAGGGGUCUAGACCGUUACAUAAGAGCUACUGUCAUCUCUGUUUUUUUUAAAUGUUGUACAGCUUUUGAGUCAUGUUUACUCUGUGAAAAUGGCACACGUUUCUUUAGAAAUGGGAGCUUAUCAUUUGCUGUAAUAAAUUUUGUUUUUACCUGGAAAACAAGUGUGCUUCUGUAGUAUUGUGUUUGUGAAUAUGAAAUUCUGAAAAACUAUAUUGGGAUUUAUACAUGACAAGACAGCAAAGGUUCCUUAUUUCUGAUAGGAUGGAUUGGAAAUUGAUCUGUUUUUGUAUAGAAGCAAAUUCAGGCUCAAUUUUCUUGCGGGGAUGCUUAUAAAAGCUGUUUGAUGAAUGUUGUCCCACGUCUUUGUCUUUAGUUUUCAACUCCAAACUUCCACUCACCCCUGAUCAUUAUCGGCAUUUAUGUGCUGCCACCACCACAACAAAUGACAGGUGUUGCAUCGAUGAGCCAAUUUUUUUUAUUGACAGUAUGAAUUGUGAUAAAAUGACUUAACUACCUGCCUUUUGAAAAUAUUUUCAUAUUUAAUGUACUGUAGAUGCUGUAUCAUCUUUGUAAAUUAUACACACUUUUUUGCAAUCAAUAAAAUAAGUUCAACAGAAA